UUGAAAGGUUGUCGGCGUAGCUACAUUAUGAAACCAUCAUGAGGGAAUGUAGCUAACUGCUAAAUAACAGUCAAAACGGUCUUGUAUUUUUGGAUUCUGACUUCGAUAACUUCUGUAAUUCACCAUGCAUUCGCAGAUCCUGUGCAAAGGCACGGCUGCGGCUGUGGCUGCGAGGAGAAUGCGGAAUAUUUUAGGUCCUGUCCUGGGCAAAGGCGGCUGGACGUGGAAUACUCAUGAGGUCAAACUCCUCAACACAUCGGCAGGUGACACAGUGAAGAUAGGGGAGAUCUCCUACCAGCUCAAAACACCCAGGAACCCAGAGCUAGUGCCCAUCAAUCACAUGUCAGAGACCCUGCCCCAGACUGUGGUCCAGCACCUGCGUUGGAUCAUGCAGAAGGAUCUGUUGGGUCAGGAUGUGUUCCUCAUCGGACCCCCUGGACCCCUACGACGAUCCAUCGCCAUGAAGUACCUGGAGCUGACGAAGAGGGAGGUGGAGUAUGUAGCUCUGUCCAGAGACACUACAGAGACAGAUCUCAAACAAAGAAGAGAGAUACGAUCUGGAACAGCCUUUUACAUAGACCAGUGUGCGGUGCGGGCGGCGACAGAGGGCAGGAUCCUGGUUCUAGAGGGGCUGGAGAAAGCGGAGAGGAACGUUCUCCCGGUUCUGAACAACCUGCUGGAGAACCGAGAGAUGCAACUGGAGGACGGACGCUUCCUCAUGUCCUACCAGCGCUACGACAAACUACUGACGGAGCACACCAAAGAGGAGCUGGAUGCGUGGCAGAUUGUGCGUGUGAGCGAGGACUUCCGGGUCAUCGCCCUGGGACUUCCUGUCCCCCGGUACAAAGGCAACCCUUUGGACCCGCCCCUCCGAUCCCGCUUCCAAGCCAGAGACAUCUACUACCUACCCUUCAAGGAUCAGUUGGAAAUCCUGUACGUUGUUGGACCAAACGUGCCUGCCGAGAGGGUGUCCCAGCUGCUGUCGUUUGCCACCACUCUCUGUUCCCAGGAGUCAUCCAACCUGGGUCUGCCUGAUUUCCCUGUGGACAACCUGCCUCCUGCUCUCACAGUACUGGAGCAUUUUCCCAUGCUGUCGUCCCAGCAGCUAGUGCAGAGGCUCUACCCCUACCAAGCCAUGUUGGGGAAGGAGGGCUGCACCGCCGUGGAGGGGGUUCUUAGUAGGUUUGAGUUGCUGGAUGCGUGUCAGCAGCCGGCUUCCAGUGCUGUCCUGAAGGUGGCGCCAGCGAACACAGAGCAGCCCGGCCAGCCUGGAGCCCAGGCUGACGUCACAGUCCGCAUCACAGACAAGGACAUCACCUUCCAGGUCCCAGCAGGCACCAAAGCACCCCGCCCCCCCAACAGUAACCCCGCAUUCAUCAGCACCCCGAGCCACGCCCAGCUCCUGGCUGAGAUGGUGCAGUCACACCUAGUCAAAGACAUGUGCCUUAUAGGGGCUAAGGGUUGCGGCAAGUCAGUGGUUGCCAAAGAGUUUGCUGAGAUGCUGGGUUACAGCAUGGAGCCUGUAAUGCUCUAUCAGGACAUGACAGCAAGGGACCUGUUACAGCAGCGCUACACGUUAGCUAAUGGAGACACAGCGUGGAGACCCUCUCCCCUGGUCACUGCUGCCCAGGAGGGCAAGCUACUGCUGCUGGACGGCAUACACCGAGUCAACCUGGGAACCCUGUCUGUACUCUCCAGGUUACUCCAUGACAGGGAGCUGUCUCUGUAUGACGGGUCCAGGCUGCUGAGGUGGGACAGAUACCAGGCACUCAAGGAGGAGCUACAGCUUACAGACGAACAGCUACAGGAAAGGUCCAUCUUCCCCGUCCACCCUUCGUUUCGUGUGUUGGCCCUGGCAGAGCCCCCUGUGGCGGGCAGCAGUGGUCAGCAGUGGUUGGGUCCUGAACUACUCACCAUGUUCAUGUUCCACAACAUCCAGCCUCUGGCACGGGCACAGGAGACCAGCCUCAUACAGGGCUUGACUCCCAACGUUCCGAAGGAAGCAGUGGAGCAGCUCCUCCACCUCACACACAACCUCCGACAGACCAACGACCCUACUGCCCAGUCUCUAGCUUCGUCCCUGUCCACCAGACAGCUGUUGAGGAUCUGUCGUCGUCUCUCUCAGUAUCCAGAGGAGAGCAUCGCUCACGCUGUCAACAAAGCCUGUCUCUCCAGGUUUCUACCCAGCCUGGCUCGUUCCUCUCUACAGAAGGGCCUGGCUAGCUGCUCUAUACAGGACACACAGCCUGAUGCUGAGGCACACGACCACAGCUGCACUGUAAAGGAUGGUGUGUUGACCAUAGGCAGUGUGUCAGCUCCUGUCUAUAAUGCUGGGGAGAAGAUGAAGGUGCCUGACGUGCUCUUCUACGACAAUGCACAACAUAUGACGGUGAUGGAGGACAUGCUGAAAGACUUCCUGCUGGGAGAGCACCUCCUAUUGGUAGGAAAUCAGGGAGUGGGAAAGAACAAGAUUGUGGACAGGUUCCUCCAUCUUCUCAACAGGCCCAGGGAAUACCUGCAGCUUCACAGGGACACUACAGUUCAGACCCUGACCCUACAGCCUUCUGUUAGAGAUGGAAUUAUCAUCUACGAGGACUCACCACUGGUGAAAGCUGUGAAGAUGGGCCACAUCCUAGUGAUAGACGAGGCCGACAAAGCUCCCACUAACGUCACCUGUAUACUGAAGACCCUGGUGGAGAGUGGAGAGAUGAUCCUCGCAGACGGACGCAGGAUCGUCUCUGACCCAUUAGAAGCAGAGAGGAGACCUAACACCAUAGCCAUGCACCCAGACUUCAGGAUGCUGGUCCUGGCUAACAGACCUGGCUUCCCCUUCUUGGGAAACGACUUCUUUGGCUCACUGGGUGACAUCUUCAGCUGCCACGCGGUGGACAACCCCAAGCCGCAGGCGGAGUUUGCCAUGCUGAAGCAGUACGGGCCAGCGGUUCCCGACGCCACCCUGCACAAGCUGGUGGCAGCCUUCGGAGAGCUACGUGCCAUGGCAGACCAAGGCACCAUCACCUACCCCUACUCCACCAGGGAGGUGGUCAAUAUAGUCAAACAUCUGCAGAGAUUCCCAGAUGAGGGGUUGGCCAACGUGGUGCGGAACGUCUUUGACUUUGACUCGUACAACAAGGACACGCGGGAGGUACUGAUCGAAGCGCUGCACAAGCACGGCAUUCCCAUCGGAGCCAAGCCCAGCAGCGUCCACCUGGCCAAGGAGCUUCCCCUCCCAGAGGUCAGGAUGUCUGGCUACUGGACCACCAACCAGGAGGGGAAUGCCAGGCGCAAACUGCUCUGCCCUACAGAGACGCACCCUAUCGAUAUAAAGGGGCCAGUGUUUCUACGUGUGCAGGGCUAUCCCUGUGAGAGGCAGGAGUCCAGAGCUCUGAGCUUUACCGAAGAGAAAGCUACCUGGCAGAUCCCUAUGAGCGAGGUCAACAUCAUCUGUGACAUCACCACCAACAACGAUGCGAUCUACAUGGCUACGUGUAACCCGGUGUGCCUGUUUGCCAUGAAGGAGAGCGGGGACACAGUCCAGUGUAUGGAGCUGUAUGAUGUCUUCCCCAGGACCAUCAGUGGAGUCUGGCAGCCCUUUGUGACUGUCGCUGCCCUGGGCAGCCCACUGGAGGGACAGGUGGUGCUACAUGAGGAACAGAGUAACACAGUAUUACAUCUAGACGUAUUAACAGGAGCGGUGAGGAGACUCAUUCUGUCACAGGAGCCAGAACAGCCCGCCCCUAAAGCUUCCAAAUGGUGGAGCAGCAGCAAGGAGGCACAGGGAGGUCAUAAGAUGUGCCGGGAGUUUGCCUACAAGAACUGGCUCCUGUUCUACAAGGAGGGCGGUAACCAGUUGGAUGUGCUGGAUGUGCUGGAGGGCCGGGUUCACACCAUCUCCCUCCCCAUCAACCUCAGCAAGGUAUUUCUGGUGGCAGAGGAUCGCUGGCUACUGGUGGAGAGCAACACCAACAAGAAGUUCCUACUGACCAAACCAAUGCACAUGGGAGCAGAAGACUCUGGGGUGUGUCAGCUACACAGCGUCAGUGAGGACGGCGUCAGCACUGGCCAUGGAGCCAGCUCAGAUGAGAUGUGUGUACCCCAGACAGUCGGUAGUGACCAGCUGCCUAAUGAGAACCUGAGUGCAGCCCUGGGUCAGAAGAUAGUCUCUCCCAACCGACUCCUUUCUGACACCUCCUCCUACGCACGCAUCGUAGUGGGCUUCCCUGACCUCAUGUCUCCUAAUGAGGUGUACAGCUUUAAGAGGGACGUGGACCUAUCAGAGAUGAGGGGCGGGGACUCGGGAGGUAAAAUUUUCUCCCAGGGCGGGCUGAAGUCCAGCGUGGCCAAACGGACCAACUGUGUCAGUCUGCUGUCGGCCAAUCAGGUGGUCCGGGCCCUACCACCUGGACAGGUGCCCCUGAAAGAUAUCUUCCCCCCAGACGUCACACCCCCGAUGACCGCUGCCUACCUGGAGGUGACUGACCUGAACUCUAAGAAGCUGAAGUAUAUUCCUGUCCCAAGGUCUCUUAGUGUCUCUCCUUACACAUCGUGGAUGUCGAAGGUGUCCGACUCUGACGUGCUAUUGGCCGGUCUGGGUUCGGGGGGCGUGGUCACGGUGGAUAUGGGCGGGUAUGUGCGGCUCUGGGAGACUGGAUUGGAGAACCUGCAGCGCUCCCUGCUGGAAUGGAGGACCAUGAUUGGCUCAGAGGACGCCAGGCCCAUACAGAUUACCGUUCAGAGGGACAGUGGUCUGGAUGUGACGGCCCCCAAACACGGCAAGGUAGACCCCAAAAGCCCCCAUGUUGGGGGCAAUCAGUGGGCCGGGGGUACAGGUGGCAGAGACACAGCUGGCCUAGGUGGCAAAGGGGGACCCUACCGUUUAGAUGCGGGUCACAAGGUGCACCAGUUGUCCAAGGCUGAGAUUGAUGCUAUCCCUGAGGAUGUCCGCAAAGCAGCCAGAGAGAUGGGAGAGAAGGCCUUCAAAGCCAGGCUGAAGGAGAUAGACAUGAGUGAAUAUGAUGCAUCGACAUACGAGCGUUUCUCUGGAAACGUCAGAAGACAGGUCCAGUCCCUGCGCAUCAUUCUGGACAGCUUACAGGCCAAAGGGAAGGAGCGUCAGUGGUUGAAGAAUCAGUCACUGGGAGAGCUGGAUGAUGCUAAGAUCAUAGAUGGACUGACGGGAGAGAAGGCUAUCUACAAACGCAGAGGAGAGCUGGAUCCAGAGCUGGGCAGCCCGCAGCAGAAGCCAAAGCGUCUGCGUGUGUUAGCUGACGUGUCAGGGAGCAUGUACCGUUUCAACGGGGUGGAUGGCAGGCUGGAGAGAUCCAUGGAAGCUGUGUGUAUGGUGAUGGAAGCCCUGGAGAGCUACGAACAGAAGAUCAAGUAUGACAUUGUGGGUCAUUCUGGUGAUGGUUAUGACAUAGAGCUGGUCAGAACAGACAAGGUCCCCAAGAACAACAAACAGAGACUGAAGGUCCUCAAGAACAUGCAUGCCCACUCUCAGUUUUGUAUGAGUGGAGACUACACCCUGGAGAGCACUGAGGCUGGCAUCAGGGAGCUGGCACGCGAGGAUGCUGACGAGCGCUUCGUGGUGGUGCUGAGCGAUGCCAACCUGGAGCGCUACGGCAUCACGCCCGAACGAUUUGCCCGCGCCCUGACCUCCGACCCCCAGGUCAACGCCUUUGCCAUCUUCAUCGGCUCGCUGGGCGACCAGGCCGACAGGCUCCAGAGAACGUUGCCGGCUGGGCGGUCAUUCGUUGCCAUGGACACCAAGCACAUCCCUCAGAUCCUGCAACAGAUCUUCACCUCCACCAUGCUGUCCAGUGCCUGAGAGUGAGACAUACACACACAGCCAACUCAGUGACACCUCAUAAUUUCUGGCUUAUCAGGACAGUGUGUGAAGUAUAAUGACAAUGGCCUUCAGAUGACUGUGUUCAGGACUACAGGGCCACACAGUGAAUGGGCUGUCAGUACUAUCCAUUAGAAUGUCCUACUGACAUAAAUUUGUAUGUUGUUGUUUUUUUAUGUACGAUUUUAUGAAUGUCUGAUAUGUAGGGCGGCACGUAGCCUAGCGGUUAAGAGCGUUGGGCCAGUAACCGAAAGGUCGUUGGUUCGAAUCCCCAAACUGACUAACCCUAAUUACUUGUGUAAGUUGCUCUGGAUGAGAGCGUCUGUUAAAUGACUAAAAUGUAAAUAUAUGAAUGUUGAGUUGUUUUGCCACAGCUCAUAACCCUGAGUUAUAACUUUACAUUGAAGUGACAUUGCUGCUUAUUAACAUUGCUGCUUAUUAACAUUUCUUAGGCACCUAGACUAAGGUCAAGACAGUGAGGUCCAGGAUGUUGUUUUAGGGUGUGUUGGGCAGAUGCUGGUGCCCUGGUACACACAAACACACACACGGUUGUGUUUGUCCAAUGUCGGUCGGAAGUGAACUUGAGAGAGCAUCUUUGUUUUUGGACUUCCUUUGUCUUGUGCCCUUUGACCUGACACACACAGAGACACACACGGGGUGUCCAGCACUAACUUGGCUCCUGUAGAAUGCCGGGACUGUGGGGGGGGAAUUUCCCGUCUGACUGCACACGCUCAGUUAAAUGUUGAGCAACACCUUCAUCUCUCUCUGUGUGUGUGUGUGUGUGUGUGUGUGUGUGUGUGUGUGUGUGUGUGUGUGUGUGUGUGUGUGUGUGUGUGUGUGUGUGUGUGUGUGUGUGUGUGUGUGUGUGUGUGUGUGUGUGUGUGUGUGUGUGUGUGUGUGUGUGUGGGUGGUGGGGGGUUCCCGUGCUCUAUCUAGAUCAUCAAGCACUGCUCAUUCCCUUCCUGACCACCAGACCUUGUGACGCUCACUGUUCUUCUCAGCCCCCCCAGGAAUCUGAGCAUUCAUUACAGGACCCCCCCCCCCACACACACACACACAGUGAUGUGUGUUGCUGGGGAAAGUGUGUGAUUAAUAGAAGCUCUUGGAGGAUGCAGAGAGAUUCUAUAGAGGGGAUGGAGGAACAGGAGGGAGGGAAGGGGGAAAACAACUACUGAGAAAGAGAGAGGUAUCAUCUGUCAUUUCUCCGAAGCUUGCCUCGCCAGUGUUGGGCAGCACAGUGCACACGUGCAAACUCCUUAUCUCUUCACUCAGUAGCUUGACCUCCUUCUCUUUCCCUGGCGUGAUGGAGGAAUAUAGUGCCCUGUUUCCACUCUGACUCUGUUGCUCUCUCUCUCGUAGGGUUGGUUGUUGGUGCGUGUGUUCUGCUAUCUGUGUGUUGGACGUGUCUGACUAGAUUGACUACAGACCGACCUGAAGUGGCAUGAUUGAACUGUGGCCUGUCUAAACACUUCUGUAUAUCAGAUCUCUUCCGUUAUGAUUCUAGUAAUUCCUGACAUCGCUGCUGUGUUUGAUCCAUCUGUUUCAUGCUGUUUGUUGAUUUGUUUGUCAUUGAUUAUAAUGGAAUAAAAUGGUGUAGAUAUGUACAAAGUUGGAAUAAACUCAUAAAUGAUCA